UCUUCUUGAUGAGAAAAGGAUGGACUAGCUAGUCCUACAGUAGUUACGCACCUACCCAUUCGUAACACCCCUCAACCCUGUCUAGGGUCUGAAGUCUCGAGAGUUACAACACCCGCUAAGACUGAUGUUCCAGUGUUCCAGGUUUCCAGGUUCAGGGGAACAUACCUAUGUACAUACAUAUUGUACCCCCCUGUCCCAUGCCCCCUGUCUGUAAGGUUCAGUUCCACCUUUUAACUCACCUAUAGUUAUUACAUUACUAUACUAUAUCGACGCCCAAGCGCUUCACCGCCGGCGGACCCAUACCCCAUAUCCCAUAUAUCUUAACAAUAUGACCACCAUUAUGUCUGUAGAACAGCCACACCCAUCGAAUGGGCUGGACGAGGUUCGGAAGUCAGUGGCUUCCAGAAUAUCCAAAGAAUCCCGUGAGCAGUCGAGAAAUAGCUUCGCAUCAUAUUCGACCUGCGAAGAAGACCUGGCCGACGUGUUCACCGAUAUGGACGAUGCGUGUAUGAUCGAGGAGGCUACGGUUUUGGAUGCUCGGGAAGUUACUAUUGCGACUCCUCCUAAGUUGCCAGAGAAGAGCGCACUCAGGACUUCAAGACUCUUGAGUACCCUACAACGGAUUUCGACCGAACCGAUCACCGACCCGCACGAUGCCUACCUCUCUUCCGAGGAGGAUGCCUCUUCGUCCGCAGACGACUUCUCCGACUACGAGUGCGACUCUAACAGCGACCAAUCCGAGAAGUCCCCAGCGCGACGCAAGAGUCAGGAGGACACCGCUAGGGCCGUCUCGGUAAUAUAUAUCGGAAAGCCUUUUGUAGUAGACCUAGUGAGCGGUCGAAGAUCAGUAUCACCUAUUCGAAGACCUCGAACAAGAUCCUCCUCUCCUUCUAUCCGCACAAGCUCGUUUGAAAGUCGGCCAGGUCCGUUACGGACAACUAGCUUCGCAUCCACCAUGGAUAUGUCCAGGGAGAGUCAUUCCUUCCUCAGCCAGGACCCCUUCGCUACCAGCAACUACAAGCUCGAAUCAGCAUCGAAGGGACCGGUGCCAACUGACAUUAUCCCUCGAGCUAAGACUCCAUUCCAUCGUCUUCAAAGGUCGAUGAAUCUAGUUAGGAAGCGCAGCCGUCCAAAUCUUAAGGACGCCGCCUCUAGAGAUAGUAUCCUUAGUUUGAGAUCCAUAUCAACCUCAACUACGGAUCUUCAACUUACAUUAAAUACGUUACGCACAGCCGGUGAGGAACAGCAGCAAGCUAGGAGACCCGAGCCAGUAUCUGCUGCCCCCGCACGGCCUCAGACCCCCGUGACUUACAACGAUAUCAUGAUGUCGGCGCGGAGGGAAUCAAACCCACGAUUACUUACUAAACUACCUCCGUCGACACAACCUACGAGCCCAAGCCCAACAACGUUAAAGAGGGGCAUAUUAAGCGGCCUCAAUAUGAAUCGGCGGCGGAGUUUACGGCUUAGCAAGCCGUGAAAACUCACGCUCUUUACCAUCAUAAUUUCUUAUUAAUUUCAUUAAUCUCGGGGCAUACAGCUAGUAGGCGUUAUAGAGGCAACAUGGAGUUAGGUUUGGGGGCGCAUUAUCACCACUGCAAGUUAUAGGUGCAUUGAGUUUGACAACGUUUAUGGGAGAGUGUUAAUUGUGAUACCUUGGGAUAUGCCUGUUAAUGAGCAACGGCCA